GAUUUUCUCGAUCGUCCGAUUUAGUUAACAUUGUUUCUCUCUCUCCCAAAUUCUCGACCAAUCAUAAUUCGCAUUUCUCUUCAAAGAAGAAAGUAGUGUAAUCGUACAGAUCUUUGCCCUUCCCCAAGUUUGCUGUUAGUAUAAAAAAGAAAGAGACCAGACGGUACAGUCUCUCUCUCGCUCUCUCGUGCGGAAGCCAUGACAAGCUCUUCCGCUCAUUCACGCAAGGCUUUAAGCAAGAUCGCAUGUAAUAGACUCCAGAAGGAGCUUGUGGAGUGGCAGGUUAAUCCACCAGCUGGGUUCAAGCACAAAGUUACUGAUAAUCUCCAAAGAUGGAUAAUCGAAGUCAACGGAGCCCCUGGAACGCUUUAUGCCAAUGAAACUUAUCAACUACAGGUUGAUUUUCCCGAGCAUUACCCUAUGGAGGCACCCCAGGUGAUUUUUGUCCCUCCGGCUCCGCUGCAUCCUCACAUUUAUAGCAAUGGACAUAUUUGUUUAGAUAUUCUGUAUGAUUCCUGGUCCCCAGCCAUGACUGUCAGUUCCAUCUGUAUCAGCAUUCUCUCCAUGUUAUCAAGCUCAACCGUGAAGCAACGGCCAGCUGAUAAUGAUCGAUACGUUAAGAACUGUCGGAAUGGCAGGUCUCCCAAGGAGACGAGAUGGUGGUUCCAUGACGAUAAAGUGUAAUGAUAUAAACCUGUUAUCUAUAAUCUGCGUAUAAAACCGAGGGUUUUAUCAGGGAAAAUGGGAAAGGGAGGAUGGACCCUCCCUAAUUGCCAUGGUAACCUUAUUUAUACAUUUCUCUUGCUGUGUAUGAAAUUAUGAAUUAAACUUAGAUUUAAUUUGAAUGUGGUUGCCUCCUCCAAGCAGCAGUGGAGAUAAUGUUAACCUGUUCCUCUUUUAAUCA